CUGGCGACUCAGUUCUCCCGGCGACACUCGUUCUUACAGUGUGUGUGUGGUCAGGCUGUGUCACGGUGCACUGAGAGAAGCCCACAACAGUGUCUUAACUCUACAUAAUACACACACACACCUACACUGUCCGUCCUCGAGUGACUGUGUCUUACGUUACUGCACUAAAAUGACUCUGAGGGACCCAGACCACCCUGCCCAGAUGGAGGAGAAGGUGGUGGAUGGUAAAGAGAAGAAGUAUGUGUUAUACACAGUGGUGGGAGAGGAGCGUGGGCGUGCGGGCGUGGGUGUGUGGGUAGUACGGGUACUGUUAGGUACACUGCUACUCGUCGCCCUGGCCGUAGUGCCCUACCUGUCUCUCCGCCUGGCGCAGGUGAGCGACCGUACCCUGGUAGUGUUCCAGCCUGUGCCCGUCCGUAACCACUCUCUUCACCACCAUCAGUAUCAACACCACCAGUCUGACCACGUCCAGGUGCUCAGUGUACUACAGAGUGCCGCCCUCACCCGGGAGAACUACACCGCACCCAGCCCCAACACCACGGCGAAGGCCGCAGCUCCCGCCAACACCACCACAUCCACUAGCACAGCCGGCGGCAUCGUGACCCUGCACGAGUCAGCCGUCACCCUCGCCGUCAUGGAAGACACCAACGCAACACGCAACAGAGACUCUGACGAUGACGAUGAAGAAAGCGGUGACGACGACGACGAUGACAGCAAGGAGAAAGUGGUGGUGGACGAGGACAAGAAGGAUAGUGAGGACAACGUGACCACAGAAGACACCGUAGGCACCUCAGAGGCCCCGGCCUCCGUGGCCCAGGUGGCGGCCGUCACCGUGGUGGGGAGCCCCUCCACGCCCCCCGUGGUAGUGGACAACUCCACAGCGGCCCUCAACGCUACCCCCGCCCCACACAAGAGAGGUAACAUCACUUCCGCUGCCCCCGUCGUCUCCACCGCCGCCGCCAAGGUGGCCGCCGCCAAAGUGGCUGCUGCCAAGGUAGCCACUUCAACGAUCUUUACCACCCACGCCCCUCCCCGCACCACCGGCAAGGCCCCCUCCACCAAGGCGGUGAACGUGUCGUCGGUGGCGAGCACAGCGGCGCCCAACACCACCACCACCACUACCACCACCACCACCACCACCACCUCCACCUCAACUACCACCACCACCUCCGCCACCAGCAGCCGCCGUCCCCUUGCCCAUAAGCUGGUCUACGUCGCCACCACCGCCUCCGGCAACCACAUAGGCGGCUUCUGCGUAUGGAAGACCGACAAGACCAUCACCGACUGGUCGUUCUUCUACGAGAACAUCCCCAUCGAGUACCAGAGUCACCAGGACUCCUCCGACCACGAGAUGCGGGGGAUGUUGGCCGCCGUCCGCACGUGGGCACCAAAGUGGAACGACCAUCACGUGGUGCUACGCUCACACCACCCCAGCAUCAAGGGCUCCGAGCACCCGACCCGCCGAACUCUCUCCCGGGAGCUGGAGAGGCUGUCUGAGGGCCGCUUCACCUACGAGCUGGAGUGGCGCCUGAGGAAGACAGACCGGGUGGUGGAGAUCUCCUACUGUUUGUCUCGCCUCCACCGGGAUUUCGCCCACUGGUACCGCACCUUCCAGCAGCGUGUAGACGAGUUGCUCGGCCAGCAGGACUGGGCCCUCGUCAGGAAGCAGAACCGAGUCUAUGCCUCCCAAGGGGCCUUCCACACAGACUUCCUGGACGACAGUGACGAUGACCUGCGGGGAGAGAAGUGAGCCGUCCCCCACACACGCCAGCCAAGCCCUCAUCCAGGCCACACACACCACACUCACUCACAGACUCCACAUACAAGUAGAACAUGACUAAAAUUAAGUGAUUAGCGGACUGUUAGUGGCAGGCCACCGCCAUCAAAUUUAUCCUUCUGGCAGAUGCAUAACUAAGUGAACCCGUGUCUCUUGUGAUACUGAUAAUGAGAUAUAAUGGUUCACUUGACUAUGUGAUAAGACGCGGUUAUUUAAGGCCUCCUUCACACCUUCUUAUAGGACUUUUAAGUCAUUCAAUCCAGCCCGUAGUAGUUAGUUAACUAUUUCAGAAAAAUCAGUUUCUUGUUAAAAUUAACUUUAAUUAAGAGGAUAACAUGAGUAGUGAGAACGUCUUAGCCGUGUGGAUCCUUCAUCUUCAAGCCACUAAAUUAUUAUAAUACAAAUAAUCAGUAUGAUGACAUAUGCUGUGAGAGCAACAAAUUAUGGUAUAGAUAUGUCAUGUAGGAGUCACAUGUGUAAGGGAACGACACAUGUAGAAUCAUGUGUAAUGAAACGACACAUGCAAGAGUCAUGUGUAAAGGAAUGAUACCUGUAGGAGUCACUUGUGUUAAGGAAUGACACAUGUAGAACAUAUGUGACAGAAUGACAUAAUAGGAGUCAUAGAAGGAAUGACACAUGAUUAAUAAUACAUAAUAAUGGUGAUAAAAAGAUGAAUCAGUACACGUGUAUCUGAUGAGGGACUCGAGGUCAGCAAAACAAUACCAAAUUUACUUCCACCAAAUAAGCUUAAUAAUGGAGUCGCGUCAGGAGGUGAGAGGUGGCAAGACACUGUGUUGAAGCUGUGUGUGUACAGGAGACGUUAAUAGUGUGUCUGUGGCACCAAACACACGUUAAGUGCAUACUUUUAAUAUCACCCUCUAAAUAAUGUCCUAUUAAAAAUCACUUGGAUUGGGAGAGCUAAUGUCCUCAACUCGGGUAAUUUUUACACCUGGGGGUCAUCUUAAAUAAGUUUCACAGGUGACAUGACACACGAUUGUCAUCUCCUGUACACACACAGCUUCCUGACCCAGCAUCAUGUCACCUUCUGGAGAUCUUUUAAAAAAAUCACUGAGACAGCCUAGACUCACACAAGCCGGUUUUAGAACAAGACAUGAGAGAGGUAGAGCAGACUGAAGCCUCAAGUUUUAAGUUAGUCUGAAUCUCACAUAAGAAAGUCAACAGCUUCCUGAGUUAAGAUGAUGUCAUUUCCCGAUGGCAGCUAAGGUGAUGUUGUCUUGUAAAUUAUCAAGUGUAGGCUGGUCAGGAGCCCUUCCGGUGUACCUGCACAGCCGGCCACUACACCAAGGUUGACCCUCUUGUGUCCAGGCUGCUCACCAGGUAUUCUUGUAUAUUAUUAUGGUGUACGCCGACACUCUUGUUGUUGAUGAAUGGGGUCACAGAAUGUAUAGGAAGUGGCCACUAUAUAAAUAAAGUAUUUAUUGUAACAUAGGAAGUACCGAGUGUUAGGUACGAUGUAGAGGACGGUGUUAAGAUCAGAGAAAGUUGUGUGGUGGUGUUGUUGCUGUGUAACAUAGUAUGAUAGCAACACUGUAGUAGUGGUCACCCGUAGGCCUGCUGCUGGUGUACCCAGGCUGUUGGGACACUCCUGGUGUCCUCAACAGUGAGGGCCACUAGGACUCAGGGCCCGCGGGUCACUCACUAUGAUGCUGUACAUAGUUAUUCAACUCGCUUCUCUAUCAUCUUAUGUUAGGUGUCCUUUGUAUGCAGUUCAUCAAGCUAUGUAUACUCGAAAAAAAAACAAUAAUCAAAAAUUUUCACUGUGGAAUCAAUAUGUACACGAGAAUCUAUGUAGGAGUGUACACUGGAGAUGUUCCACUGAUUAUUUGUAUCCAGAAAACUUUGGCCAUAACUCCCUGGAGCAGGAAGUGUGUCAGACUGCUGCCACCCUCACACUUCACGCCCAGUUUCUUGUCAUUGUCACGUACAAAAAUGACUCUCCCGUCAUUUCUGUCCAGUGAAUUUCUGAUCGCUCCUCCUCCUUAAAUUUCCCAGCAGUAAACAGUAAGAGAGAGCAAGUGGCGGACCUAAACAAAAGAAUCACGUGACUUGCAAGCUGGAGGUAUGAUCGAGUAGUGUACCCUAGUGUAGUGUAGGUGUAGCCCCUCACUGGCUAGUCGGGGUGUACAAAGCUUGGCCUCACUCGCAUUCUCCUCCGCGUCCUAGUGAUAGACUGACCCUUAGAGCUCCAGCAGCCACCAGCACCAGCUGUGUUGUGCUGCCGCAUCACUUCCUUCACUUGGCCACCCGCCGCCAUCUUUAUAGCUACCAUAUCUGACUUUUCUCUCUCUCUCUCUCUCUCGCUCUCCUUUUGUGUGUAUAUAUAUAUAUAUAUAUAUAUAUAUAUAUAUAUAUAUAUAUAUAUAUAUAUAUAUAUAUAUAUAUUGUGUGCGUGCUUGAUUUCAUCACUUAAUGACUGCUGUUUAUAACAGGUGGAAAAAACCCAGUUCAUUUGUGCCUGUGAUACGUGUGGACGUACAGUACUCUUAGCUUUUGUUUCACCCUCACGACAUACCUGUUAACACCAACAAACAUUAUUGCUGUGCUUCAGGAGACGGACGGCGAAUGUGUAUGGAUAUGUGAUCACUGUAAGUCAUUUUAUGCCGGUGUGCUCUUUACAUCUGUUUUACCUACAUAUCCCCUUAAAGAAUGAAAACUAAUGUAAACACAACCAGUAAACUUAUCAUCCCUCGAA